AUGAAUCCACCACUAUUUCCCUUGGAAAUUAUAUCCAAGAUAUUUCUGUAUGUACCUUUCUUAAUUCUUAAAGACUGGCUUGACGACUUGCUGGCCAGCACCCUCAAAUCAGCCAUCUCAACUGUGCUCUAUGAAAAGAUCACAGUAGGUGAUGAAGAACUGGUAGGAUUCUACCGUGUUUCGUUGAAAGAGCUCAGAGACUUAGGUAGAAGAAAAAUAAAGGGUGGUGUAGGGGAAUUGUACAUCAAUUUCAGUGGAAGUACAAGCAAAGAUUUCGAGCUAGCUCCCUUUCUUACCUUCUGUAAAGAAAAUGCAACGUUUGUCUCUGAAAUUCCCAAAAUCACUUUCAAAGGAACAGCCAACGAGUACAAAAAGUGCGCUAAGAUUUUACCCAUUGAUAAUAUCGUGGAAUUGAGGUUGAGUGCUGGUAAAUCGUUUGCAAUGACACUUGUACCUCCAAAUGUGGAGAUUGUCCAGUUAGAUUUUGAAGAUCUGAAAGCACUGAAGCUUGAAAACUGGCCGAAUUCUUUGAGAUCAUUGCAAAUAGAUUGCACUCUGCGAAGUUUUAAUAUAGAACUCCCUGCCAAUCUUAAUUCCCUCACAUGUGGCGAAUCCGAGGAUUUAUGGUCGACAUUUCCCUCAACACUUACAAAGUUGGAUCUCUCACAGAAUUCUCUGCUACCAUUAGACGAUUUAACUUUUCCCGAAAGUCUUGCGGAAUUGAAGUUAAGUGCUUGCAAUUUAGAAGACUUGGGCGCCUUGAAGUUGCCUGCUAGCUUGAAGCUUUUAGACUUGGCGUACAACAUGAUCUCGAGUAUAACUCUGAUUACUUUUCCAGAAUGUCUUGAAGUUCUUGAUCUUCUGUAUUGUUCAAUUACUAGCCUACAAGGUAUUCAAUUACCUGUACUGCUCCAAGAGCUAUAUCUUGCGAAUAACUCUUUGACUACUUUGGACAAUGUUCAGUUUCCUAAUUUGAAGAUCCUCAAUAUUUCCAAUUAUCUGGAGUUCAACAAAAAGCUUAUCAAGAGUUUAGAGAAAGUACAGUUCCCUCCAUCUCUUAGUACACUAUACGCUGAAGGUCAGCCUAUUGCAGACUGGAACAGUACCAAAUUCCCUGCUUCUUUGAAAGUAUUGAAACUUUUAGUACCAAAAGAAGUCAAAACGAUUCAUUUCCCAUGCCUGUUGGAAAAUCUAAAAGUUCAAUUCUCCAGCCUGUCAGUGAAAUACUCGGCGUUGGAAUUUCCACCUGGAUUAAUACUGUUGGAAAUAGUGAACGGCUACUCAAGUGUCUUCGAUUGGGGACUUCCAUUGCUACAAUCUCUCUCGGUGAUUAAUUUCACUGGACAGAUAGAAAUUCCCCAGUCAGUGGAAAACCUUACCCUUGAGGGGAAAAAGAAAUCAUUCGACAUGGUUGGUCUUCCUCUUAGUCUUUCAAAGUUGAGAGUAUCAUAUCCGCCCAUGUCAUAUCCUGAGUCAUUAGUUGAAUUGGAGAUACUAAAUUUUCAACACUCAAAGGUUCCCUUUCCUAGAGGCUUACUUGAUCUUAGUCUUGAACCGGGUGAAUUUGGGGAUGAGAUUAAUGGUAGAGGACUUGAGCUUCCUUAUAAAUUGCAGUGUCUCCAGGGGCCGUUUGAUCCCACUCCACAGCUCCCACACAAAUUAAGAUUCUUUACUCGGGUAGAACAGCUAGAAGACUUUGAUGCAAGUAAAUAUUUUUAG